AUGGCGAGCUGGGUCGCAUUGAAUGUUGAGCCCGAUGAUGCCAUCGAAGAGGAGGUCGACGACACCAAGGAGCUACAAAUCGAGGAGGCCUUGAAGCUCUAUCACAGCGCCCUGAAGCUACAUUCGCAAGGCCCAAGCUUUUAUUCGCAAGCUGCCGAGGCAUACGAUACCCUACUCGAUUCCGAGAUCUUCAAAUACCCAGAAUCCCUCUCUGAUUUCAAGAGGGGAGUGUUCGACGAUGCGCAAACCGACGAGACACCCGGAGAAGCCUCCGCAGAGUCGCUUACCGAAUACAAUGUGAACGAUUCUGCAUCCAGUCUAUUUCAAACGCUUUAUCUAUCCUAUAAAAACCACGGCAAAUUCGUUCUCGACUCCGUGCAAGACUCCAUACGAACAGCUCCUCGAACCCCCGAAACUGAACAAGCAACACAAGAGAAGUUGACGGAAGCCUCCAGAAAGGCCUUGGUAUCGUUUGGAGAUGCGUUGGAAAGAGAUGACUCGGAUCUCAAUCUCUGGAGACAAAGCGCAAGGCUGAGCAGUGCCCUGCACAGCUAUCGUCUAUCUCGGUAUUGCUUGGAGAGUGUGCUAGCAGACGAUGAUAAUCGACUGGAGCUCAGGCCUGAACAAUUGGGUUUGGAGGAAAUUUUCGCGGAGCAACGCCUGCGAACUACUCUUGAGUCACUGUUUGACAAAUUGUCGGCUUCGCAGAUUCCCGACAAGCGGCCAAAAAAGGCCCUUUUGAAGUACCUGAAACAGCACGAAGAUCCCUAUCCAAAUCUGCCAACAUUGCCAUCCAAUUUACAUGAAGUAGAUUCGUCCAAAGGGCCUCUUGCUAUAAAGGCUACUCGCAGAGAAAUCACACCCGCCGAACCGACAUGGGAGUCAGUUGGAAAGGAACUUCUGCGGACUCUCGAUGAUGAAGAGAAUUCAACCCUCGCCGAUGUACCCACUCAAUCGAUUGUCAUUGUUUUGCCGACCAGAAGCUCCCCGGAACCGGAAAGCCCUGAUCACAUCAUGGAGAACACGGAAAUGGCAAUGGAAACCGAAGGACCAGGGGACAAGCAAGCUUCGGAUGAGCACAAUGACACGGUCCCGGUGCCAACGGCUGAGGAUGACACAAAGCUAGAACAGGCCACAUCUGAGCUCGGUGAAGAGCACGACCAGAGUGCUGAAAAACAGUUGAUGGAAUCACUCGAGCGCCAAUCCACACAGCCUGGAGAUCAACAGCCCGAGCACGAUGAAGCCAACGCAGAAGAUGCUGAACCGAGUUCCGCAAUUGACGCGCGGAAAAGAUCGUCCGCCUCGGCUGCGAAUGACGAGCCAGAAGGGGGACGCAUGAAAAGCAGACGAACGCGGGCUCGCGAAUCGAAUGCUGAUUCUUUGGCUCCGCUUGAAGAGGUCACGUUCGACCAAGAAAGAUACUAUGCAGACCGCCUCGAGGUUUUCAUCAAUGCCGAUGAUUGGAUGUUCACCACGGUUGAUUCCUUGUUCUCCAAGGUUGGCGUUGAAGCACUCGGAAGUAUCGAAAAACUCCGGGAAAAAUGCCCAACAAGCAUUGAGUCUGCCGACGUGAUUGAAGAGCCCGAAACACGGUUGUUCCAUGACUUGCGUGGUCUCAUCAAAACCUGGGAUGAUCAGAAGUCUCGCCUGAUGCAAAAAAAAGAUGACACUUCACCCUUGAAAGAUAUCCGUGGCACAAGUAAAUCUGGUCUAGCCGUUUUUCUGGAGCACUCCAGGAAAGGUACUCGGAAACCCAUUCUCGAGGAGGAACUUCCUUCGGGGGAAGAGUUGCAUGAGUUCUUCCAUGCCAUCAAUUCCGACUGGCUGCAUUCCCAUGACACCGUAUUAGAAUGGCUCAAAUGUCUUCUGAUGCCCAAUUUUGGUCAAGAGUCGUCAAAUUGGUCCGCCGCGAAAUCAACCUAUACCGCCUUCUUAUGGCCGGUGGACCUAAAGAAGACACUCUUGCAGUUGCUAGUUCGCGAAGACGAAUACAUUCACCGAGCCUGUUUUGAGCUGAUCGCCAAUCUUGAGCGUCGAGUCUUGGGCUCUGGAGAUCAGACUCCUUUCGAAUACCAGCCUCAAGACUUUUACGAACUAGAAAUGAUCCAAACUAUUUACGAGCUUCAUUUGGACAUAUUUUCUUCGGUCGAGGAUCUCGGCAGUGAGGCCGUCGAAGAAACCAGAAUUGCGCAGCGAGAUCGUUUGGCCCGCUGGGGUAUGCUGGCCAGGACAUCUAUUGAUCAUUUUGUGGAAAACGGUCCAUCCGGUCAAUGCCAACAAAACCUCACCCUUCGUCACCUCUGGACUUCCGCGUUCCACAUAAAUCUUGCUGGGGACGCGCAGCGAGAACACAUAUUGUUGUGUCUUCAAGAUUUGAAACUGAUUCUCCAGUCCCUCGGCAAUCCGAAUUUCAGCCUGGUCAACAACUCUAUCAUGUCAGAACUCUCUGCGGCCGUCAUAGACCAAGAAGUCUUGAAGCUCAAGUGCAUGGACUUCUUUGCCAAGGUCUUCAAUUCUGAUUCUGAGGACCCUGUCAGUCUCAUCGAAGCCAUCGAGCCUAUCCUCGAGCCUUCGUCUGUAGAAUAUGCCGACAAGCCAGCAGAAAAUGACAUGAAUCAUCCGACUUCUCAUUCAAACGAGAUGGCUGCAUUCCUUGACAGAGGCGAUGCUACAUUGCGAUUGUUUCUUUGGCGCAGACUCCAGGAGGCGUACCAAGCGAUUGACUACCCUCCCAAAGUUGUUUCCUGUCACUUGCGGAGCAUCGAAGUCGUUAUGACGGAGCUUGAGGCAUCUAAGCACAAUGAAGAAACAAAUCAAAACCGCCAAGUCGCUCUGUUAGGAUGGAUCAAAACUCUCGAUGGAAUCAUGGCUAAAGCGAUACAAUUGAUCUUGGAUGAAUCAGACAAAGCAUUUGAGUGCUUUGACAUGGAACACCUUCAGUCGUCCAUGUCUGCUGUGGCUCGUCUCACCCGGCUUCUACACAGUUUCAUUCUAUAUGAAGACUCUGUGCGCGUGGGUCAAGUUUCCGGUCGUGAAUUCCGCGGAGCAUUGGCGAAAUCGCUUGAAAACUUCAAGGAUAGAAUGCGAGAGCUUUAUGUACGAUGUUGGAUCUUGCAGUACACCAUGUUUUUGGAAGCGAUUUUCCAGAACAAGGAUUUGUUCAGUGAUGCAUUAGAAGACCGGAUUCAUUUCCUACGGUGCAUCCACAACGCCUUGGGUGUGCGGUCUAUGUGCAGGCAUUCCCAGAAGAAGUUCCUCAAGCUCCUGAAAGCAGAGCUUUUCGGGCUUGAAACCAAGGGAGACUACGAAUUUGACGUCAGUCAAUUGCUCCUGGAUCUUCACGGCAUCAAAUUCUCGCCGUUUGAUGGGACCGUCGAUCACGGGUGUUCCCCUGAGAAGCUCGAUCGUCCCACGGCGAUUAUGAUGAUCGACUUUGUUCUUCAGCAAGCCAACAAGAUGAACAUGAAAGAUCUUUCGAAGUCUGAAUUGAAGACUACAAUUGAGAAGAUGCAGCAAGCCAUUGGUCCCGCCAAGGCGAACUCUUCCGCGCCACAACUUACCUUCAACCGUCGUAUCAUCAACGCGUAUCUCAAAACUGCCCUCAACCCUACCAAUCUUCUCCGUGCCGUGCAGGGCAUCACAGAGCUCUCGACAACAAUUGUUCCUACCGAGAAUGCCAAGAUUGCUGCGAAGGGCUGGUUUUUCCUUCUCGGCCAUGCCGCACUCACCAAGUUCCGAUCACAAAAGCGCAUCACUCCUGGAUCAACGUCCGAACUCGAGGAUGCCGUAACCUACUUCAGACAAGACCUAGACCACGGUACUGAAAGAUGGGAAUCAUGGUAUCGCCUGGCCCAGACCUACGACUCAAAGCUGGAUGAGGAAAUCACAUGGGCCGCUGACAAGAUCAACAAUAACCAAGCUGACCUGGGCACGCUGCAACGGAACGCUAUCCAUUGCUAUACAAUGGCCAUAUCUACAGCUAUCAGAACUGCUGACCCAACUGCCGAGACUAGGGACCUCAUGUCAGAUCUUUACUCUGACUUUGGUCAGCGUAUAUACGCGUCCUCUCGCGAACCACUUUCUAUGGGAGCCUUUAGUGUGGCCGAGUUCCCUCGCCACUUCAGCAGCGAGGAGAGCCAACAGAUGUACAAGGGAAUGCCAUUUAAAGAAAUGUCGCCGUAUUCGGCCUGGAACUUUGCAAGCAACCUGUUGAAGCGGGCCACCGGUGAUAAAUCCAAGCGUUGGAUGACACAUUAUACACGCGGCAAAUGUCUCUGGAAGAUGUUCUGCAGUGAUGACUCUUUGCGGACAUCGUCUAAGAAGAUCGAGAUACAAGAGGUGCUGGGUGCCCUGCUCGAUGCUGUCAAUGCACUCCCGCAGCGGAGGGACUCUAGGUCCGAUCCAAUCUUCGAGCCUCACUUCAAGCUGUUCUCUGUUGUUCACAAGGCAGUCCUUCGAGGGCACAUGACGCCUACCGAGGGAAGCAAAACCCUUCAGGCGGUUCCAUGGGCCCGCAAAGUCGACGCCCCUGAGAAUCUAGAAGGCUGGAACCCGUAUAUACUUGAAGUACUUAAGAAGUUCAAGAGCGCUGACAAGUCUAACUGGCAUCAUCGCAUGAGUUCGAAGGCUGCACACAUCCUUUACAACGAACAGAAAAACGCCACUUCUGCUCUUGCUGCCAAACAAGAGCUUUCUCAAAUCUUCACCAAGACCCUUACCAUUCAGGUUUGGCGACCAGAAUUCGAGCGACCGGGUCGCCAUUUCGUCUAUACAACGCGUUACGUUUAUUUCUUUGUCAGCUUGCUUGAUCAACUCGAUGACCGCACAAGCUUAGAUCAAUUGUUGCGUCGUGUCAGAAAGAAGCAAGGCGAUUUCUUCCGCCACACCAAGCUUUGGGAGGACUGUUGCUUGACUUACGCCAAGUUGAUUCGUCGCGCAGCCAAAAUUAAUGAAGGUCACGAAGAAGGCAUCUUCAAGCCCAUCGGCUGGGAAGAGUUCUCGACCAAGACCGCACGCCUUGAAAGCCUUCCCCAACUGGACUCAGAAAGCCAGCCCGUGCUGGAACUGCUCCGAGAGGCCCUGGAACUGAAGAAACUCAACAACAACUUUAUGAAAAUUACCAUGUUCGAAGAUCUGAUCGCCGAUCUCUAUGCCCGAGUCUACGAAAUCAACAUCUCCCACCUCGUCGAGCAAGUCACCGACGAAAAUAAAGAAAAGAUGAGAGUCGACCACCUUCUCAUGGGAGGAGAUGGUCAACAAGACCCCUCAACCCCGGCAACAGCCGUACCCGCCUCUGAUACGCCCGCUCCGCGAGGCCGAACUAAGGGCAUUGCCCGGCGCGACAUCCAGAAACGCGCCGACACGAUCGUCAACACGAAGCUGGCUCCUCGUGUCCAAGCGAGCAAAACGGCCACAGCCGAGACAGAACAGGCUGCGGCUUCGCAAGGUGUCGGAUCAACGACCUCGGGACCGAGUACUGCGCGGCGCGAGUCUCUCAAGCCCGUAGUUCCUAAUGGGGAUGCUACCGCUGAUCAAAGAGAGGAGCGUGAUGGUGACGAUACCGAAAGUGAUAUUGAAGAGAGCAAACUCGAAGAGGGGACGUCGGCUCUUUUCCCACCUGUUACUGAUGCAGAGGAGGGAGCGAGUGGUGACGAAGGCGUAGAGAAUGGCAAUGAGGGUGAUGGUGAAGAUGGUGCUGACAAUGAAGGCGAUGGAGAAGAGGAAGAGGGGGACGAAGACGAGAUGCAAGAUGAGGAAACCAGGUUGGAAGAUGAUGAGGACAAGGAUGGCAGUGCUGAUGAGUUUGGCAAUGAUACUGAAACUGAGCCUGUCAAUGGCAACUCAGAGAGUCUCGAGCAGGAUGCAAUGGAAAUUACGCCUGCCGAUGCCUAA